AAGUCGUUUACGGCCGAUACCGUGCUUAAUCGCCGAUAUAUUUCGCACGAUAAAGUUAACCUUAAGCAGUAUCCCGAGAAGGCCUAUAUAGAUAAUAACUCAGCUAUUAAUCGAUUUUUAGAGGACCUUAACUCACGGAGUUAUUAUUCUAAGGGCUAG